UAAUACAAAUAUAGAAAUCCAAGAAGAAGGCGACGAAGGAGGAGGAGGAGGAUUCGGCAUGGGAACGGCUGGAUUUCUUCGGCGGCGGGAGAUGGGGCUCCGGUUCUCGGCCCAAACGUCGCUGCCGGCGCUUCGAACCGCGUGAAACUGUCCGGGGGCUCCGAUUCGGCAUUCGGAGGUCCGAGGUCCGGAGCGAAAUCGCUCUUCGCUCUUUCCGAUUUUCUCGCGGUUGGUGGUGCGGGGCGGGCGUUUCGCCCGUGUUUCGGUUUUCGAGAACGAUGUUCCGAUCCUCUCGUGUUUAGGAAAGAAAAAGAAGGAAAAUGUCGCGUUGCGAGAGGUCUUUCAGUGACUGUUGGUGGAUUGCGGCUGCUGCUUUGCUUGGGAACUUGCUCUAGAAAGCCGUAGAAAGAGCAGGGAUUUGAGGGUGGGGUGGGGGGAAGAUGGGGACAUUGAGCUUGGGAUCAGUAGAUGGAGUAGUGGCGGAGAUCAUGAGAGCACAUAGAUUGCUCCCGACCAGGCCGUCGAUCGAUGAGGUGGAAGUGGCCAAAGCGCUGAUCCGCAAUGUGGACAAAGAAGACCAGGCUAGAUUGGAUGCGAUCGUGAAGCAAACCAAAGGCCUCGACGUGCCCGAGGAGUUGUUCAUGAUUUUGCAGGAGAUGCAGAAGAAUCUGGUUUAUUACCUGGGCAAAGAGCAGAAGAGGGAGGCCUUGAGAUUGCUCGACCUUGAGAAUGUCCACGCUCUGUUCGACGAGUACAUCCAGAGAGCUUCUGAGUGCCUUUCGUCCAGGUCGCAUUCUUACGAGAGGAGCUACUCGAAUGGUUCUGCUCCUAAGGUUUCGAGCAGCGGACCGAGUGUCGAUGUUGCCGGUGCUGCUUCUGUCUCCACGGGUACUUCAGCAGGCUCCUAUUACCUGGAGAAGGAACCCGCGAAGAGCGGUGAUCUGUUCACCAGAGAUGAUAGUUAUGUGAAGAAGGCAAAGUCCUCAUUCUAUGCCGAUGGUGUUGGUAUUGGCCCUGGUGGCUUAUCGGCCCCGCAGAUACAGGAUUCAACUUUGAAGGCUGGAAGUGCUUUAGGUCAGGAUGGUGAGAAAUUAAGCUUGAUAAAGCUUGCCAGUUUGAUUGAAGCUUCUGCAAAGAAGGGGACUCGAGAACUCAAUCUUCAGAACAAGUUGAUGGACCAAAUAGAAUGGCUACCCGAUUCAAUUGGAAAGCUAUCAAGUUUGGUCAGCUUAGAUCUAUCUGAAAAUCGAUUACUAGCCCUACCGGCAACUAUCGGAGGCCCCUUGUCUUUAACAAAGUUGGAUUUGCAUGCUAACAGAAUUGCCGAUCUCCCAGAAUCCAUUGGUGAUCUCCUCAACUUAGUCUGUUUAGAUCUGAGUGCAAACCAACUGGCAUCCCUGCCUGCCACCUUCGGUAGACUGGUGCGCCUUCAGGAACUUAACUUGAGCUCAAAUAGACUGUCUGUACUUCCUGAGUCGAUAGGAUCUCUUGCUAGCCUGAAGAUCUUGAAUGUGGAGACCAAUGACAUUGAGGAGCUGCCACAUACUAUUGGCCACUGUUCUUCACUUAGGGAGCUUCUUGCAGAUUAUAACCGGCUGAAGGCCCUUCCUGAAGCAGUAGGGAAGAUUAGUACCUUGGAGCUGUUGUCAGUGCGAUAUAAUAAUAUCAGACAGUUGCCUACUACAAUGUCAUCUCUAUCAAAUUUGAAGGAGCUUAAUGUAAGCUUUAAUGAACUUGAGUCUGUGCCUGAGAGUUUAUGUUUUGCUACCACGCUCGUCAAGUUGAAUGUAGGCAACAAUUUUGCUGAUCUGAGAUCCCUACCGAGGUCUAUAGGGAACCUUGAAAUGCUCGAAGAAUUAGAUAUCAGCAAUAACCAAAUACGGGUCCUUCCAGCCUCAUUUAGGAUGUUGACACGGUUGCGUGUCCUGCGUGUGGAAGAAAAUCCCUUAGAAGUUCCACCAAGAUAUAUUGCCGAAAAGGGUGCACAGGCUGUUGUUCAAUACAUGGAGGAACUUGUUGAGAAAAGGAACCAACCACAGCCUGUGAAGCAGAAGAAAGGCUGGGCUCAGAUAUGCUUUUUUUCAAGGUCUAACAAAAGAAAGCGUGGGGGAGCUGAUUUUGUGAAAACCUGAUUUUGGACGAGCAUACAGGGAUGAAAUGAUUGGUAUCGGAGGCAUUUUUAAGUAUGAGGAGCGCUUUUUGCAGAGCGAACCCUCCCAUAUCCUGAUGCAGCGCGACCUUUCUAAACUGUGGCUUGCAUGAAUUCCCUUCUAAAAAAUUGCAGGUUUCGUCCGCAGCCCCUCCAAAGUUUUCCUCCCAUCUUCAGACUUGAAAACGAUUUGCAAAUUUUCUGCUUUUCCAACUGUUGUGUAUCAACUGUAUUCAUCCUCCCUUCUUGGACUCGGCAAAAGUGAGGUGUAUACAGUCAGCCGGCGCAUAAUGGAAGACGACCAUGUUGUUGUAAUCCUGUAGAUGUAUUCCUUCCAUUGCUAUACAAACACUCGGGUACCUCCCUCUCUUUACCCCUUCCUCUCUCUUGUCCAAGGAGAUCCACUCCAACAUCACCCGAAACUUGAAUUUGUCAGCACUGCUAUGUCCGAACAAAGUUGAAGUUGUGGGACCGCUCCGAUGAUUUGGUUUUUUGUCUUGUGUGGUGGCGGCAUUGAAAUUGGAGAUCCCAAUGCCCAAAUCCUCCAAUAAUGCGGCCAUUGAGAAAAGAGGGCAUCUUUUUGACGGAAGGACCUCUCGUCGAAAGACGGGGUCGUCUUACCUGAAAGUCUUGUGGAAUGCGAGGUUGCGUAGUUGAAUGAUUAACUUUCCUCUCAGCUUCUUGUAUCUUUUGCUUUUUGAGGUUUUUUUUUUUUUUUUGUACUUUUGUUCUCCCUUUGAAUAAUGUAUAGCAGGUGGCAUGGGAAUGGGGGGGAUGAACGUGCU